AUAAAUUAAGUUAAGGAGUUUAUCAUUUUCUAUCAAAAUUAACACUAAAUUAAUACAAAAAUCACAGCAAGACCCAAUUUGGAUAAGAAGAAAAAAGGGAUAUACUCAUCAAUACUUAGAAAACUUUUUUGUAUAUUUAGGACGGAACAGCACCUGUUACCAGCUGUGAUACAAAUAGAUUUUGCUGUCAAUCCCUCACUAUAAGACCUUGUCCACCACAUUUAUAUAUAGGCAUCCAUAAUUAUCUCCUAAUUUACAAACACUACAAAUAUAAAAAACCACACGAUUCACCAUACUGCUUAUACCAUCUUGUUUGAGUGCAUGAUCAUGGCUACCGGGCAACAUCCCGAGCCAGAUCCAGGGGAAAUGGCAGCUAAUGCCACACUUGAGAGCCCAGUGAUGGUUAUAGGGCAAGAGUUCGUGACACAGCACCCCGUAGACCUAGAAAUGAUGCAGAAAACACUUGGUCUUGGAAUGAAUGAUUGUAAGGUUACUGAUGAAGAUGGAAAUCUCAUUUUCCAAGUCAAAAGCAAGAUCGCAACAGUUCGUGAUAUACGAUAUUUGCAAGACGCAGAUGGUAACAUUCUUGUUUCUCUUAAACAUAAGCUAAUGACUGCACAUGGGAGGUGGGAGGUUUUCAGAGGAGAAAGCAUAGAGCAGAAAGAUUUACUUUUCUCAGUCAAGCAGUCAUCACUAUUCCAGUUAGUCUCGAGCAAGUUACAUGUAUUCCUACCUUCUAACACGACUGAAAGCGUUCCUGAUUUUAGGAUCGAAGGAGCUUUUAUCGAUAGUUCAUGCACUAUAUAUCUUGGAAAUUCCAACACCAUUGUUGCACAAAUGCAUCAGCAACACAAUCUUAAAUCCACGAUAAGGUGGAAAGACGAUUUUCAAGUAACGGUGUGCCCAAAUGUUGAUUAUGCUUUUAUAAUAGUUCUUGUGGUAAUUCUUGAUGCGACCGAGGAUAAUGAUGACAAAAUUUAAAUUCAAAUUUCAAUUUACAUCAAUGUUCUUAUACAGGAUGAUGAUAAGAUGUUUUGUUAUUGCUCUAGAAACAAUGAUCUAUAUGAUUUUUUUUAUUAUUAUAUGUUU